AUACCAACGACAGAAUUGCAGGUUCAAGGACGCAAUUUGUCGGCGGUGUGAAAAGAAAGGACACAUAGCUCAGGCCUGCCGAGCCUCCCAACCUUCCCACCAAAAAUUCAAACCGGCCAAUCAACAGGGCGCCGGAUCCGCGAAGCGGCCAGGGAUUGGUCAGUUCAAAAAAGGCGCGAAGUUGAAUCAGACCACUGUGCGAGUGGGUCACGCAUCGACACGGCUAGAAAAGAAAAUAUUCACCAAGACAUACAUCGAAGGAGUGCAGUGUAAAAUGGAGGUGGAUCACGAUUACGAUUAUUAUCAUCAAUCACGAUUAUGUCUUUGGACACAAUCGAAAGGGACCUGCCAGACGUCGCGAAACGCCAGCUGCAACCCCAAAAGCUGAGAGUGCAAGACUACCAGGGGAACCGAAUCCCUGUUCGAGGAGUCACGUCCGUCAGAGUGAAAUAUGGACAAUUCAAGAAAACCCUGCCGAUCACCAUCGUAGAUGGAAACCUGCCCAGCUUGCUAGGUCUGGACUGGUUCCGAGCCUUGGGCAUGGGAAUAACCGGGGUUCACAGAAGCGGAGUCAACCUGAAGGACAAAUUGUUGAGAGAAUUCAACAAUUCUCUCCAAGACAGCCUGGGCAAGUACAUGGGGACCCCCUUUCAUUCAAUUUGGACCCCCAGGUGGCUCCCAUUAGAUUAAAAGGGCCGGAAUAGCUCAGGCUGUAAGGAGCCUGUUAUUAGAACACAAUAGCCUGCAAUUACUGCAGGUUCAAGCCCGGCCCAAGGUUGACUCAGCCUUCCAUCCUUUAUAAGGUAGGUAAAAUGAGGACCCAGAUUGUUGGGGGGGCAAUAAGUUGACUUUGUAAAUAUACAAAUAGAAUGAGACUAUUGCCUUAUACACUGUAAGCUGCCCUGAGUCUUCGGAGAAGGGCAGGAUAUAAAUGUAAAUAAAAAAAAAAAAAGCUAGGAGGGUCCCGUUCGCCCUCAAACCCAAGACUGAAAGGGAACUAGACAAAUUAGUAAGCCAGGGAAUACUAGUCCCCGUCGACCAUGCAAAAUGGGAGACACCAAUAGUGACCCCAGUCAAACCGGACGGAUCAGUCCGUAUUUGCGCUGACUAUAAGACAACGCUUAACAAAGCAUUGCGAAAGAGUGCUUACCCCGUUCCCGUAGUGCAACAUUUGUUGCACUCGUUAGGGCAGAGACAGGUCUUUGCCAAACUCGACCUGGCUCAAGCCUACCAACAAGUACCAGUUGAUAACGAAACAGCCGAAGCGCAGACGAUUGUCACACAUCGGGGCGCUUUUAAAUGCACUCGACUUCAGUUCGGAGUUAGUGUAGCCCCCGGGUUAUUCCAAAACCUAAUGGAACGACUCCUACAAGGUCUACCGGGAGUAGUUCCAUAUUUCGACGAUGUACUGAUAUCAGCAGAAAACAUGGAAGAAUUAGGGGUCAAAUUGCGGAAGGUUUUGGGCAUUUUCAGGUGUGCGGGGCUUAAGGUUAAACUCAGCAAAUGUCAGAUAGGAGUUGAAUCUGUAGAAUUUUUGGGUUACUGGAUAGAUAAGGAAGGCAUCCGCCCAACUGAGAGCAAAAUGCGAGCCAUUAGAAAGGCCCCAACCCCAAAAAACAAAACUGAAUUACAAGCAUUUUUGGGGCUUGUAAACUUCUAUGCGGUAUUUUUAAAACAUAAGGCAACGGUAGCCGAACCGCUACAUAAACUGCUAGUGAAAAAAUCUGUUUGGACUUGGGGCAGGGUUGAGGCUAAAGCAUUUGAAGGCGUUAAGAAUCUUCUGUCCAGUGAUAGCCUUUUAAUUCAGUACAAUGGGACAUUGCCACUAGUACUAGUUUGUGAUGCGUCACCCUACGGGGUAGGGGCUGUCCUCAGCCACAGGUUACCGAACGGGUCAGAAGCCCCUAUCGCAUAUUUUCCCGCACGAUGUCCGCAGCAGAAAGGAACUAUAGCCAACUAGACCGGGAAGCCCUUGCUAUAGUCUCUGGGGUUAAAAAAUUCCACGAGUAUCUGUUUGGGCGGCAAUUUGAAAUAGUCACAGACCACAGACCUUUAUUGGGACUCUUGGCGGGGGACCGUCCAACACCGGUUGCGUUAUCACCCAGAAUGACCCGUUGGACUAUUUUCCUGGCAGCAUAUUCAUACAAACUGUCUCACCAACCGGGCAAGAAUUUGGGAAAUGCGGACGCUUUAAGUAGAUGCCUGUUGCCAGAGACUAUUGAAGACCUGACCCCAGGGACGCCUGUCUUGUUAAUUGACUCUUUGGACUCUGGUCCAGUCACAUCUACGGAAGUGACUAGGGCAUCUUACAAAGACAUUAUUAUAAGAACUGUGAUCGGUUGGGUGCAGAGGGGAUGGCCCGCUGCACCGGGGGAUCAUUUCAAAGAGUUUACAAAAAAGCGUUCGGAACUGUCAGUACAAGGGGGUUGUCUGUUAUGGGGAGAGAGAGUGGUUAUUCCGGAAAAAUUACGAGGGCAUGUGUUGGAGCUAUUGCAUGUGGGCCACCCAGGGAUUGUGAGGAUGAAAAGCCUAGCGAGAAGUUAUGUGUGGUGGCCACAAAUGGAUAAAGACAUUAGCGAUCGGGUGGGGAAAUGCCAAGCAUGUCAAGAAUCAAGGCCACUACCCCCAACAGCCCCCAUAUGGGAAUGGGAGAAACCCCAGGGUCCUUGGUCCAGGAUCCACAUAGAUUUUGCCGGGCCGUUCCAUGGGCAGACCUUCUUAAUUGUGGUAGAUGCCUACUCAAAGUGGUUAGAAAUAUUACUCAUGAAAACCACAACAGCGGAAGCUGUAAUCACAGUUCUGAGGCAUCUAUUUGUGACACACGGGUUGCCCGACACCAUAGUGUCCGAUAACGGCCCACAAUUCACGGCCACCCAGUUUGAGGGGUACUUGGCAGGAGAGGGCAUCCGACAUGUCCUCUCGGCACCUUUCCACCCGGCAACGAACGGACUUGCAGAACGUUUCGUACGCAGUGCCAAGGAAGCACUAUCUAGAAUUAGCCCAGGAGAUUGGCAAUCCAAAAUUGAUACCUUCCUGGCAGUCCAACAUAGAACUCCCUGUGUGACCACCGGCCGCAGCCCAUCGGAGUUAUUAAUGGGAAGAAGACUCCGGUGCCCCCUAGAUCGGUUAAACCCUACAUACUCCCCUGAUGGGUACCAAAGCACGAAGGGAAAAACCAGAACAAUGGCAACAGGUGACCCGGUAUGGGCACAUAACUAUAGUGAGGGACCAGCGUGGCUAAGGGGAACAAUUGUAGGAGUGACGGGCCCAAAGUCAUACUUAGUGGACAUGGGGGAUGGCCGAGUGUGGAGACGCCACAUAGAUCAAGUACGAAAAAGAAUACAAGACGAUCCAGAAACCAAACAGCUAGAUCCUGACUACCAAACAUUUGAACCAACAGCUAACUCAACCCCGAGGCGAUCGGAGGACUUAGCUGUGUCUGAAGAAGUCCAGCGACGCCAACCGGCUCCUCCAGAGGACAGCAGGGACGACUCUGCCAAUAAUCCAGGGCCGGAGGGCCCAGAGGAGGAGCUGGGAGGAACAAACAGUCCCUCCGACCAGCUCGACUCACUCCCAGGGAAUGAAUUGCGCAGGCGCUCCAAGACAUCAUCUGGAUUUCAGAACAAAACUGAAUGAAGAAACUUCUGAAUUUCCUAGCUAGGGUGUUAAACCAAGAGAGGAAAUACAGGUAAGAAGAGAUAAAGGAGGUCUUUGCUUUCAGCUGCCCUAAAUGUUAGUGAACCUGAACACAGAAAAUAAUACAUUUGCCUUUUAUCUCAUCACAGAUAUCAAUGUCUAGAAUCAUUUUAACAUUAAUAUUUUAUUGGGUUCUACUAAUUUAGAUUAAAUAUUAAUAUAUAUUGCUAGUCCAUGUAUGAUAUUACCAUAUACUUAC